CCGCGUCGGGCGCAGCCGCCGAGCCUGGGGCGAGCGCAGCCUCUUGCCCGCCGCCCGUCCCCGCCGCCCGCAGCCUCGUCCCCGCCGCCGCCGCCCCCGGGGCAUGGCCUGUCUGACGGCCGCUUUCUCGGUCGGCACCGCCAUGAAUGGCACCAGUUACUCUGCAGCAAUGACAGAGCCCAAGUCAGUGUGCGUCUCUGUGGACGAGGUGGUCUCCAGCAACAGGGAGGUCACGGAGACGGAGCUGCUGAACGGACAUCUGAAGAAAGAGGACAACAAUCUCACAGAGGCCCAGCGCCUCUCCUCCCUGCCGCGGAGGGCGGCUGUGAAUAUCGAAUUCAAGGACCUUUCCUACUCGGUCCCAGAAGGCCCCUGGUGGAGGAAGAAAGGAUACAAGACCCUUCUGAAAGGAAUUUCUGGGAAGUUCAACAGUGGAGAGCUGGUGGCCAUCAUGGGCCCUUCCGGGGCUGGGAAGUCCACGUUCAUGAACAUCCUGGCCGGAUACAGGGAGACUGGCAUGAAGGGCGAGGUCCUCAUCAACGGCCUCCCGCGGGACCUACGCUGCUUCCGGAAGGUGUCCUGUUACAUCAUGCAGGACGACAUGCUGCUGCCACACCUGACCGUGCAGGAGGCCAUGAUGGUGUCUGCACAUCUGAAACUCCAGGAGAAGGACAAAGGCAGAAGGGAGAUGGUCAAGGAGAUCCUGACGGCCCUGGGCCUGCUGUCUUGCACCAACACGCGGACCGGCAGCCUCUCGGGCGGCCAGAGGAAGCGCCUGGCCAUCGCGCUGGAGCUGGUGAACAACCCUCCGGUCAUGUUCUUCGAUGAGCCCACCAGCGGCCUGGACAGCACCUCCUGCUUCCAGGUGGUCUCCCUGAUGAAGGGGCUGGCCCAGGGGGGGCGGUCCAUCAUCUGCACCAUCCACCAGCCCAGCGCCAAGCUCUUUGAGCUGUUCGACCAGCUUUAUGUCCUCAGUCAAGGACAGUGUGUGUACCGGGGAAAAGUCUCAAAUCUUGUACCAUAUUUGAGGGAUUUAGGUCUGAAUUGCCCAACCUACCACAACCCGGCCGAUUUUGUCAUGGAAGUCGCGUCCGGUGAAUAUGGCGAUCAGAACGGCCGCCUGGUGAGAGCCGUCCGGGAGGGCAUGUGUGACUCUGAGUACAGGAGAGAGCCCGGAGGUGAUGGCGAGGUGAACCCUUUUCUUUGGCACCGGCCCUCUGAAGAGGUAAAGCAGGCAAAACGAUUGAAGGGGUGGAGAAAGGACUCCACUUCCAUGGAAGGCUGUCACAGCUUCUCUGCCAGCUGCCUCACCCAGUUCUGCAUCCUCUUCAAAAGGACUUUUCUCAGCAUCAUGAGGGAUUCGGUCCUGACGCACCUGCGGAUCACCUCCCACAUUGGCAUCGGCCUCCUCAUUGGGCUGCUCUACUUGGGGAUCGGGAACGAGGCCAAGAAGGUCCUGAGCAACUCCGGCUUCCUUUUCUUCUCCAUGCUCUUCCUCAUGUUCGCAGCCCUCAUGCCCACCGUCCUCACGUUUCCCCUGGAGAUGGGAGUGUUUCUUCGAGAACACCUGAAUUACUGGUACAGCCUGAAGGCCUACUACCUGGCCAAGACCAUGGCCGACGUGCCCUUCCAGAUCAUGUUCCCCGUGGCCUACUGCAGCAUCGUGUACUGGAUGACGUCCCAGCCGUCCGACGCCGUGCGCUUCGUUCUCUUCGCGGCCCUGGGCACCAUGACCUCGCUGGUGGCGCAGUCUCUGGGCCUGCUGAUCGGAGCCGCCUCCACGUCCCUGCAGGUGGCAACCUUCGUGGGCCCCGUCACAGCCAUCCCCGUCCUCCUCUUCUCAGGAUUCUUCGUCAGCUUCGACACAAUCCCCACCUACCUGCAGUGGAUGUCCUACAUUUCCUACGUCAGGUAUGGGUUUGAAGGGGUCAUCCUCUCCAUCUAUGGCCUCGACCGGGAAGACCUACACUGUGACAUCGAUGACACGUGCCACUUCCAGAAGUCGGAGGCCAUUCUCAGAGAGCUGGACGUGGAGAACGCCAAGCUCUACCUGGACUUCAUCGUCCUGGGGAUUUUCUUCAUCUCCCUGCGUCUCAUUGCCUACUUUGUGCUGAGAUACAAAAUCCGGGCAGAGAGGUAAAGCACUGGAAAGCCAGAGAGAGGAAAAUUGGACACAGUGGCCAAGGGCCACUUGCAGAACCUGUGGCAAGCCCGGGCCCGAGGACACAGACACUCCUGGGACCCAACCCCUGGGACCACGUUUGGUUGUUGGGCGUCCAGUGCUGGACAUCGCCGCCCUGCUGGGUUGGGCCUUCUCUCCAUUACCCUUUCUAGCUGUAACUAAGAAGAAGAUGUAGAAAGGUUUUUUUUCCCACGUGCAGGAUUUUAGAAUACCACCCCUCAGGCAGAAUUUAAAACUGCAACAAAGCUGGUGACGAGGGGGUUCCUCGGCAAAAUUCUUCCUUCUGACCAGGGAGCUCUGGUCCUGGACGGGGGAUUCAGGCAGCUUCCUGGGGAUCCCUGUGCAGUCAGACGUCCAGGGGCAGAAAGGCGAAGCCAGGAGCCGAUUCCAUUCUGUGACUGGUGUUUUCGUAGUUUCACCUUUCUACGGUUUGUCUCUUUUUCCAAUGAGGUCAUUUUCCAAGCCAAAAGUUGAUAAAUUUCAUUCAUUUCCAGAAGCUGUACCUUUUUAGUACUUGGUGAAGAAAAUUAUUCAGGGUAAAUAUACUUUGUUUAGAGAUGAGAGGGGUUUGACUUGAUCGCUGAGCUGGUCUCAUUUACAGACAGAACUUGGGAAAGACGCAGAUGCCGGCUCCAGGUUGAAGGAUGACCUUGGAACCGUAUGCACUAAGCCGUGUGGAAGUCUUUUAAAGUUACACAGAAAGUUGUAAGGUGAAAUUGGCCAUCUCUUUCAAAGUCUUUUAUUUUCCCCAUGCUUCUUACUUUAAGCAAAAUAUAUUGGUUUUUUUCCUUCGUAAUUUUCCAAGCACCUUAAUUUUGCCUAAAAAAAAAUUCUGGAAAAUCAAUCCUGUUGAUUUUUUACAAACAUUUCUCUUCCCUGACAUAUCACAUCAACUACCUCCACUGAACCUGGGGAAGCUGGGCUUAGAGAAACUCCAGGUGUGAACGUUGUGGUAUCUGCAGGUGUAGCCCGCAAAAGAUGCACCAACUGCACAGGAGGAAAGAUGCUGAGAUUUCCUGAGAAUCCAAGGCCUUUGCCAGAAACUGGCGAAGACUUAGUGUGGCCGAGGCAUCUGGAGCUCCAUCAGAUCAUGCACUGAGAGCCGUGGGAGAUUCCAUCUCCCACAUCUGGUUUCCAUGGCAUCUCAGCGGCACCUUCACCUUCUCAGCGCCGGGCUAGCAUAGUCUUUCCAGACCAGAAACUCCUUUCCAGUGAUGCAGUCACAUAAGUAAAAUCCCUCUAGCACAGGAGCAGUGGGCAUAUCUGCAGGGUAAACGGCCUUUGAAUUCAUGGCGGGCGCCCGUGUGCUUGUUGGCGGCAGUAUGACCCCAGGGUGGAAGGGGACUCUGGCCAAAGAAGGUCCUCGGAAGGAAAACGGAAUCGCUUUCCCCUUCUAGAAUGCCGUGAACCUGGAAUCAGGGUCUCCUAAUGAAAGACUGUAUUUUUUGUGGACAGAUUCAUUCAUCUCCCCGAGCCUCAGUUUCCCCACCUGUAAAGAACAGCACGAAAUCGUCCUCAAGGUCAUGUUCAGCUCUGAAAGGUUCUGAGAUUCCUAGGUUGUGUUCCAGAACUUUUAUUUCCUAUUUAAGAGAAUGAGGAAGGUGCAAAUUUUACUCACACGUGGAUUUGAUUUGCAAGUGCUUAGGGGCCUCUUUUUCACCCUUAGAUCCCUUUUAGUAAACACAAUUGAGGUAUUUUAAAUGUAAAUUUACGUUUACCUGUUUUACACCAAUGUGGCGUUGCCUUCCAGAUUAAGUUACUUAACCAGGGUCAAACUUAGCCUUUAUAAAAAGUCUUUAUUCAGUUUCAAGAUAGACUUGCCUGUACGAA